AUGAACACGACCACACCACUGCCAGACACCGAUUCGAGUCCAUCGACGGGCGAAAUGCUCGCGAUAGGCCUCACGGGCGCGGGGCUCUUCCUCACCAUGGCCGUGGCGUACCUCUUCGUCGUGCUGCCCCGUUCUCGCGGCUGGGGGGUAUGUUGCCGGCGACGACGAGAACGGCCAGAAGCCACGCUCCGCCGCUCAGCAUCGACAGCCACUCUACCUGCGUAUGCGCCUUCCGCGGCCUCGCACGAGCUCAGCCUGCUGGGGGGCACACACGACUCGCUGGACGAGCACGACUGGGACGACCUCUCGCGCGUCGAAGAGGCACACGUCCGCGCACCGCUAUAA